AUGAAGUACACGGUUUCGCUUUCGGUGCUUCUGGCAGUGCUCUGUGGUGGCUCUGCGCUGCCUGCAAAGAACAGUAUCGAUUGGUCCCAAGUGCGUCCGAUCGAAGAGUUUGAACACAUCAAGGUUCAUCUUCCAGUCCAUCGGAUCUCCGCACCAGGAACGCCGCAACGUCGCGUCGUUAACGGACAGGAAGCCAGUCCGGGCCAGUUUCCGUACCAGGUGGCACUUGUUGGACAGUACGCUGCCGGUGUCGGGCUUUGCGGUGCCUCGGUCCUUACGCACAACUACAUCCUGACAGCGGCCCACUGUGUCUACGACAGUUUCGACUCCACCGUACCCAUCGUGGGCGGUACGGCCAUUUUGGGCGCACAGAAUCGCAUGGUGGAGGAACCUUCCCAGCAGCGCAUAUCGUUCACAUCGAGCGGCAUCGUUGGCCAUCCGGGCUAUACCUUGGAGAAUAUACGCAAUGACAUCGCCGUGGUACGGCUAGACGAACCGAUCGUCUACACCGAGCGUAUUCAACCGAUUCGGUUACCAGCACGCACCGAUACGCGCACCUUUGCCGGGGUGAUUGGUACCGUGUCUGGAUUCGGUGUGUACUCGGUAACCAACCCAGCACUGUCGGACGUACUGAACUACGUCGCCAAUCCCAUCAUGACGAACGCGGACUGUUUGGCUCAGUGGGGCGGAGCGGCCGCGUUGAUUGAACCCCAAAAUAUCUGUCACUCCGGCGAUGGAGGACGGUCGGCGUGCAACAGCGAUUCCGGUGGUCCACUGACGGUGCAGGACAAUACGGAAAGCUUGCAGGUCGGUGUAGUUUCCUUCGGGUCUACGGGCGGAUGUGAUGAUGGCAUUCCAACGGUGUAUGCCCGGGUGUCCUACUUUUUGGAAUGGAUUGAAGACAACUCGGACUUCAUCGCUGACCCAUGA